AUGUUCCCCUUCACUGCAAAGUACAAGCCCGUCGACCGCUACAGCGAAGAGGACUCUAAGGAGGAGACCUUGGCUACGCUCCUCCGUUCUGAGAAACAGGAGCUAGCCUUUGAGUCCCGCCGCCGCCUCUUUUGGCGCCGCUACGGGCCGUGGAUCAGCCACGGUGUCCUCUUGUUCUUGGCCCUCCUCUUCAUGGCCUUGUGGAUUCACUCCUAUUUGCAACUUAAGCCUAAGUAUCCCAUCUACUCGCCCGCCAAUGUUGUUGCGGAUUAUAACAGGGAGCUCACGACGUUCAACGGGACAUUUGAGCAUAACUCGAUCUACCGCGGCCAUCCCAACCCGCAGAUCGACGAAGCAUGGGAAAGAAUCUCAACUGAAGUGAAGCCGACUCGUUUGUCCAAGGAACAGCUCGAUAGAAUGGGAGUCAAGAUCACAGCGUCUAAGGUCAGGUUCCCUGACGAGGACGGAGGUGGUUACAUGGCUACCAUCGAGAUCACCCACCAACUACACUGCCUGAACAUGCUCCGGAAAUACGUGUAUCACGAGUACUACGAGACGUUCGAUCCCUCGUUUGUUGACGCGAGCCCGAAGACGUUCCGGACGCACUUGGACCACUGUGUGGAAAUAAUUCGUCAGAACCUCAUGUGCUCUGCGGAUGUCGCCAUGAUCACUUACGAAUGGGUCAGAGGGUUCCGCCUGCCAUAUCCGGACUUUAACACCAAGCAUCAGUGCAGGAACUACCAGAAGAUCCUCGAUUGGGCGAACGACAACGCGGUUCACAUCCCCCGUGAACAUGUCACUAGGCUCCCGGACACCGUGGACAUGCUUACUCCCCCUCGAUUUACGGCAGUCGGCUUCUUCAUAGAAAUAUAA